AUGCCAAGGCGGUGUGCUGUGUGUAAAAGUUAUGAGGAUCGAAUACUUUCGUCGCAGUUAGUUUUAAUCGAAUGCGGUGCACGAUCCAACGGUGGCUGGAAGGCAGUAGCACUAGUAUUACAUGAUGAUCAUAUCUCUUAUGUGAUCGUGGAAGCUGAUUGGGACCAUAUGAUGGCUGCAUAUGGCCCCUUUAGAAUGAGACCGACUUUCUCAUUAAAUGCAGAGAGGGAUGGGGCAGAAUAA